CAUGGCCCGGGCCUUGGGGGAGGACCUGGUGCAGCCUUCUGAGCUGCAGGAUGACUCCAGCUCUUUGGGGUCUGAUUCAGAACUGAGUGGGCCUGGUCCGUACCGCCAGGCUGACCGCUAUGGCUUCAUUGGGGGCAGCUCAGUAGAGCCAGGGCCAGGUCAACCCCCUGCAGACCUUAUCCGCCAACGGGAGAUGAAGUGGGUGGAGAUGACCUCACACUGGGAGAAAACCAUGUCCCGGCGGUACAAGAAGGUGAAGAUGCAGUGCCGGAAAGGCAUCCCCUCAGCCCUGCGGGCCCGCUGCUGGCCCCUGUUGUGUGGGGCCCACGUGUGUCAGAGGAACAGCCCCAGCAUCUAUCAGGAGCUGGCGGAGGCUCCUGGAGACCCGCAGUGGACCGAGACCAUCGGCAGGGACCUGCAUCGCCAAUUCCCUCUGCAUGAGAUGUUUGUGUCACCUCAGGGUCAUGGGCAGCAGGGGCUCCUGCAGGUACUGAAGGCCUACACCCUGUAUCGGCCAGAACAGGGCUACUGCCAGGCCCAGGGACCUGUGGCUGCUGUGCUACUCAUGCACCUGCCCCCAGAGGAGGCCUUCUGGUGUCUGGUGCAAAUCUGUGAGGUCUACCUCCCCGGCUACUACGGGCCCCACAUGGAAGCUGUACAGCUGGACGCCGAGGUGUUCAUGGCCCUGCUGCGGCGGCUGCUCCCACGUGUGCACAAGCACCUGCAGCAGGUGGGCGUCGGGCCCCUGCUCUACCUGCCCGAGUGGUUCCUGUGCCUCUUCGCUCGCUCCCUGCCCUUCCCCACGGUGCUGCGUGUCUGGGAUGCCUUCCUCAGUGAGGGUGCCAAGGUGCUGUUCCGUGUGGGGCUGACCCUGGUGCGCCUGGCGCUGGGUACUGCAGAGCAGCGCAUGGCCUGCCCGGGGCUCCUGGAGACACUCGGUGCCCUUCGAGCCAUCCCCCCAGCCCAGCUGCAGGAGGAGGUCUUCAUGUCCCAGGUGCACAGCGUGGCCCUGUCGGAGCGGGACCUGCAGCGGGAGAUCAGGGCCCAGCUGGCCCAGCUGUCCGACUCAGCACCUGGGCCACCUCCUCGGCCGCAGGACCGCCUUCCUGGGGCCCAAGCCAUCUUUGAGGCCCAGCAGCUAGCAGGGGCAAGAGGAGGCGCCAAGCCUGAGGUGCCCCGAAUUGUGGUGCAGCCCCCGGAGGAGCCCAGGCCACCACGGCGCAAACCCCAGACCCGUGGCAAGACUUUCCACGGACUCCUGACUCGGGCCCGGGGCCCUCCCAUCGAGGGCCCCUCCAGGCCCCAUCGAGGCUCCGCCUCCUUCCUGGACACCCAUUUCUGAAGGUCCUGCUUUUGAGGGUACCAUGGACGCAGUGCCCACUAAUCCCAACCACCUGAGUGGCUGAUGCCAGCCAGCCCUGCAAAUGGUCACCGCAUUUACUGCUGGGAUCUGGGGACUCAGCUCCCUUCCCAGCAAGGACUAGGCAGUGGGGGAGGGGGACUUCCCCACUUUACGGACUGUGCCAGGCACAAGGAUGAAGGAAGUUCACAGAGUGGGGCUUGUGGGGACCCAGGCCGGCCAUCUACCCAUGGAGCUGUCCUGGUUCCUGGGCCCCACAAGUAUCAAAGCCAGCACUGAUGGAGUAUGGGGGUGAGGCGGCUGGCGGGGCUACAGGACCCCAAAGGGCUCCCGGGGGAUCUGGAAUAAAGUCUGACUGAGCAGA